UGACAUCACUGAUAUGCCCCGCUCAGCUCUCCAGCAUCAGUCACACACAGAGCUCCGCCGACUCUCACACACUCUGUCCACACUUUGUUUCCAUUUCGCUCCAGUCUCGCUGUGGCCAAGACGCACCAUCACACACAACCUGCCUGCGGUCUGUAACUACCUGUGCGCACUGCGGCCAGCCCCUUCUUCCGGUCAGGAAAAGAUCCAAAGAAAGAUAAACUAAAACACGGUCCAGGCUGAAGAGGGGGAACAGACACUCAGAGACAGGAGGGGAAGAGAAGCCGCAACUUGGCUGAUUCCAACCCAGGCGGUCUGAACUGAACUCGGGAAGUUUCUCGGCUAAUCGGAGAAGGAAUAAUUCGGAUCUCCGGGUUGCCCCACACAGCGCUGUUGUGGAUAUUUAGAAGAAUGGCGAGAGAUUACGCCGCACGCUGCCCGGUCUCUCCUGUGAGGAACACUUGGCUGGUGGCAGCAGCGAUCCUCCUCGCAGCCCAAGGUAUCGGGGCUCAGAAAGUGCGAGUCGACGAAGAAGUGGAGGCGAAUCCCGCGGAGUCUGUUGAUCUCCGCUGUCAAUUUAUCGAUGGAGGAGGCCGAACCAAACUCACACAGGUGUCUUGGAUAUGGGAACCCAUCGAUGGUCAAAGGGACAACAUCGCCGUAUACCACCCUAUCUACGGACAGAGUUUCCCCAACCCGUCCUUCAAGGACCGAGUCAUCUUCCUCCACAACAGUCUGGAGAACCCGUCCAUCAGGAUUUCUCAGCUCAAAAUGUCCGAUGCCGGCCGGUAUACCUGCGAGUACGCCACCUACCCCUCUGGAAACGAACAAGGGACGACCACCCUCAUCAUGCUUGCCAAGCCUAAGAACUCAGCCAACGUUGUGACCGUCCAGGCCGGGACCAAGUCGGUGGUGGUGGCUCAAUGCGAGGCGGCGGAAGGCAAACCGGCAGCCACCAUCAGGUGGCUGCCGUCGGUCGGAGGCAACCACUCAAUCAGCACCACGAACGGGCCGGAUGGCACUGUGACGGUGCGCAGCGAGUAUCGACUGGUUCCCACGCCGGCAGAUAACGGCAGGGAAGUGACCUGCAUUGUUGACCAGAGGACCCAGGAACAGCCGUGGGUUUACCCUGUUAAGCUCUCGGUGGAAUUCCCCCCCUCUGUAUCCAUAGAGGGCUACGACAACAACUGGUACAUCGGCCGUUCAGGCGCCGCACUGGUCUGCAUGGCCAACGGCAACCCUCCGCCCACCAUUGUCAGCUGGACCGCGGCGUCCGGUGCUCUGCCAGACUCGGUGGAGGUGAGCGGCAACAAGUUGACGGUGAGGAAGGUGGACGACGCCGUCAACACCACUUUCAUCUGCGAGGUCAAGAACAAGCACGGGGCCAGCAAAUACCAGAUCACCACCAUCGUCAUCGAAGAGAAGAGACAAAUCACUCCGGGCCCAUCGUCAGGUGCGGUUAUCGGCGGCAUCCUCGGCGCCCUCGUCUUCAUCAGCAUCAUCAUCGGCAUCAUCUUCUUCAUCCGCAAGCGCAAGGAAGACGGAGAGGGCCCCCCCAAGCACAAGCCCCCUCCCCCUGUGAAGGCCGGCAGCUCAACAGAGAUGCUGAACAAGCCAUCAGAGCCUCCUACAGCCACUGAGACAGCACCUCUGAGCCCAGGAGAGGUUUACUACGAGCCCACAGGGGGAGAGCCUGUCACGAACCUGGAUGAUGAGACCACUGGAGCCCUGAAUGGCGGCGCUCCCCGAGUCCUAGACGACUCGGACAAAUUCGACAAAAUCAACGAACUCAAAGACCUCGCCCCCGACGGUUACCACGGCAACGACUUGGAUUCAUCCAAUCACGAGCCAGCGGUUGCCAACAUCUCUCGCGGCGAGAGCUUCGUUUCUCCCGCCAUGUAUGUGUAGCCAUGGCAACCAGAGCACCACAUCAUGGCCGUAUGGGCAAGUUCCAGGUCGCUUAAAUUUGCAUGAGAAGCAAAGGUGUGCACACUUGUUUCCACGCUAGACAUAUCUUCUACUGUAUGUGAAACUUUUCAGAAAUUUUAAGUUUUAACUUACACACAUUACUUAAUGAUGACAUUUUGCUUUCAAGUUUAUUUUUCUUUACACAUGUAGGGGAUGUUAUGGGUCAAAAUGUUCCCCAUGAAAACUGGUUCGCAGCAGGGUUUUCAUUUCUUGAGAAGCCACUUGUGACUACUGACAAAUAGGAAUGUUAGCAAGAGUAACACACGCUUUUCUUUCUCUUUUCUUGCAAGUGUCAUACACAUUUUUAAUCGUCAUUACAUUUCAAAUAUCUGGUCAGAAAAGCAAACAUAAAGUACGAAAUAUCAACAUUUUCACAGCAAUUUAGGGUGCACACACACAAACUACCGGUAAUUAACACACCGUGCUCCCCCUGUGUGAUCCUCGCAAAUCUAAAUUUCAGCCAAAACAACAACACAACCAAAUUUCAUGUGGAUUCAGUAUGAAAUAUUACAUGCAACAUUUUGUGCCAUGAACAUACAAUGUCCCCAUUGUAAAAGUAUUGUUUUAUGUGAAGCUGCCAGUCCUGAGCUCUUCUGUUUACAGCCGUGGGAUAAAACCUCAGGCUCCUGUUUCAGCCUGGUACUAUAGAGACAGUUAUAAAAAAUAAAAUAAAAACACCAUCUAUGAAAUCCUUUUAAAGUACUCUUCUUCCACGGUUGGUUGGGUUGGAAUUACAUACCAGUGAAUUUGGCUCCAAGCAGCUUCAAUUAAUCACCCAAGAUGUUUGAAAGUAUUUCAGUUAUUUAUCAACUCCUAUAAUAACUCAUAAACAGCCUUUCCCACUCUUGGCCAGGCUGCAGUCCAAUAAAGAACUUUAUUACGUUGUCAAAGGGCCUCAUCUGUCCCCGGGUGCCGACCUGCUCGUUAGCACUAACGAAGUGACAUUGUUUUUAAGCGCCGUAACCUGGCAACAUGACAUGAUUAAGAUUCCAUGAUUCAUAAUUGCAAGAGUUGGUAGGGCUGUGUGCUGGGGAGAUGAAACUUGGUUUACAGAAAAGCACACAUAUGCACACACACACACACACACACACACACACACACACACACACACGUACAAAACACCAUUAUAAGGGAUGUAUUUUGAGAUUGUGAAAAUGCUCAGCAUGUAUUAGAAAAAUACUGCCAUUACAGCCAUUUUAACAGAUUAAAGUGGUCAUACACUCUGAUAUAUGCAGAACAUUUUACAUAUGUAGAAAUAUGCAUUUUGCAUUUUAGCCGAUUGUCCACUUCAAAGCAAAAAGAAAAGAACACAAAAAGGUGAGCAACAACUAUGCCUAGCUGAAUCAAAAAUGUAUCUUCAUAGAUGUCAGAUGGUACCAAAUGAUGAACAAACAGUGUAAAUAGUAUUGAUAAUAUUGAUGAAUAUUACAUUGUUGGUGAAAUGUGUACACAUAAAAAAAAAACAAGUGUAGGUGUUAUCAGUGCCUCUGUAUGGGGUUUGUUAGAUGUCAAAUUGAGCAGUUUAAAAAAACAAAAACAAAGUGUAUAUUACUAUUUUACUUUUCACGGGUACAUUGAGGUUGUCACUUAAUACUAAAAUGUUUUAUUUGAAUAUAUAUAUAUAUAUAUAUAUAUCUAAAAAAAAAUGAAAUGGUGUGGAUUUUAUUCCAUGUUCAUAUUACUCUGCAUGGCAUGAUCAGUGGCUUGUUGAAACACUUUCCCAAGGCUGUUUGCGGAAUAAUCUUCUCCAUUUGUAAAAACAUUUUUUUGAACAUCAAACAAAAAAAAAGCUGUUUAUUUGUCAAUGCAUCUGUCACAUUCACUGCACACCACGAGCACAAGUCCAAUUUAAGUUGAGAGAGCGGGAGGUUUUUUUUUUUUUUUUUUUUGUGUGACGGCUCGGCAAGCUUCCUGUUUUUGUGCUUUUGCGCUGAUCCGAAAAUGCAGUCAGCAUGGAAUCGUCAUCUUUCGCAGCCACAGAGUGCAAUGCACACAGAGAUGCAAUCUUUCCUCUCCUCUACAAUCUUGAGCUCUUGCUCAAGACCCUGAGGCGCACAAAUCUUCCUGAGGUACAGGAUGUAGCUAACCGCGCCAGUAAAAAUCACCCCACAAAAGCACAUAGUCAGAUUAUGGAUCCGUGCAGUUCUGUAAACACGUCUAAAAGUUGAUAGAGUUGGCAGAUUUAAACAGGAGGAGGGACACAUAAAUGGAGACAUAAAACCAGAUUGACAGAGUGAUGAAAUAAUAGGAAGGAACUGUUGCAGGACAUGAUAUGUCUCAUUACAGCUUUUGGCACAAAAUGCAAUAUUUUCAUUUUUCUGACGUAUGACAAUCAUCUGUUCACAUUCAGUUAUCGCUAGCUUUGGUGGAGAGUUUUUUUUUUGUUGUUUAUAUAUUUGUAGUUAUUAUAGAAGUAAGCCUACCAAUUUCUGCUGCAUGCUGACUGAAAUACGGCUACAAGUUUGACACAAUUUCAUUUGAUUUAUCGUAACAUAACAAACUUAGGGGGUGGAUUGGUUGGUUAGUUUAGUUCCAUUAUUUGGUUCCCGUCUAUUUCUUACUGAAGAAUGAAUCUGCAGUAUGAAUUCAAUUCAGGAGAGAUGCAGGAAAAAAUAGGGACUUCUACGAUAGCUAACGGUGUAAAAUGUCUUUUGUACGUGUGUCUGAGGUGUUUAUUUUGAUCAAAGGGAAUGUCUGCAUGCUGCAUGGACCAAUGGGAUCCAAUAUUUCCCAGUUUCGCAAGAAGAGUCGGACCACCCAUGACAAGUGCAUGGCUUUCUGACUGGCUUAUAUGGUUGCAGUGUCAGACAAUCACAUGUGAUGUAUUUUAUAGCCCUGCACAGAACCAAAACGGUCAUAAAGGGGAAUUAAAUGUGACGGUUUUGCUCUUUUGUCUGUAAAUUAAUUUCCUAAAAUGAAUGAAUAUCUAGUUUUCUGUGGAUGAAUGUGUUCAAUGUGUUUGCCAGCGGGCUUCUGUUGAUAGGUUGAGCAAAAAGACAAAGACAAUCAUUGGGAGCCAUUAUAUCAGAGACCAAUGACUCAGUAAGCAUUCAGAAUUGAGUUUAAUAGCUCUGACAUUUCAUUUGGGUGAUCAUUCAGUAAACCUAUACGUUUAAUAGAGUUGCUUCAUUCGGACUUAACUUGAAUUACAAUCUUGACAUCGCCAGGAAUGCGCUUAUGAAGCUGCCAACUAAAACGGAAAUCGCAACGAAAUAUUAGCUCCAAGUCAGUUUACAGGCGGUAUUUGCCCAAAAAGCAUGAGUCACCAGUUAUAAGAGGGUGAUGUGGGAGAACUAAAGUGAUUUCAGAUGGAUUAGCUGUUAGGCUACAUCAAGGCCCUGGGUCCGUCCCGUCUGUGAGAGCUGCAGCGUUGCAAUUUGUCUCCUCGCUUUCCCCCGUUACGGGUUUGAUGCCAGAAACACAAGCUGUGAAUGUUCUCAGUAAUGCUGUUUGGUCUGAAUCCGGUCCUCUCCCUCGUUUGCAACCCCCCGUUCUCUCUCUUUCAUCCAUUGUCAUCAGAGCUUUUCAUCACGGAGCCAGACGUGCCUUCUUUAUGUUAUUUUUAGCUUUUCAACUCACUUCUUGUCUGACAGUAGAACGGAUGAUGAAAGAGGGAAACACAAAAACACAUCAUGGGUUUGACACACACUGGAGAUUUAAUCAUGAUUUUGUGAGUGUUUAUCGAUUUUCUUUCACUUAUUUUCCUUAUUUUGUUUGUCACAGAUCGAUUAUCAUUUUGUUUGCUUUUUUGGGAAUCCUAUUGUACAUGUUUUACAGAUCAUUGUCUUGUCAAAUAAAAUGUAAACCAAAA